AUGUUGGAUAUUCACUUCUAUAACAUUAUAAGUCUAAUUUUAGGUAGCUUGUAUCUACAUUGUGAUGUCGAAGUUGACUGUUAUAAUUCUACCGAUAGCUUGAAAAAUAUUUAUAAUAAUAUGUUUGAAGGGGAAAUAUUUACAGAUUGUGUUAUUAAGGUGGAAUUAUUUAAUAAAAAAUAUAUAUUGGUUUUUAAGAUUGGUGAAGAUUCUAUAAAAACACAUCGUUGUAUUUUGGCAAGUAAUAGUAAAGUAUUUCAAAAAAUGUUCGAGCAUGAUGGAAUGAUUGAGGCUCAAAAUGGUGAGAUUAUAAUUUCUGAUUUUGGUCCUGAAUGUGUUGAUGUAAUGUUGAAGUUUUUCUAUACAGGCAAAAUUACAAAAAGUGCUCUGGAAAAUCAUGUUGAAGAUAUUUUUGCUAUAGCUCAUAAAUAUCAAGUGGAAUUGUUGAAAUAUGAAUGCGAGAUGUUUAUGUCUAAUUUAAUUGGUAGGGAUUAG